CCCUUUACAAUGCGACAGGGUUUUCCCCACCCACGUGUACGGUGGUCAUUAACUCUACGCUAGUAACUGCGCACAGGAGAGAAAGAAAGAGAAAUUGCUGUACGUCGGAAAGAUAAGACAAGCUUUAAAAUACCUAAUCAAGCAAGUAAAAUCUUAAUUCAAAUCGCAUCAAGCUGAUAACGGCGUGACUCAGAUAUUUGCACUGAAAGGGUGGUUCUGGUAACUGAAUCACAUGGAUCAAGCGGGGUUUUUUUGUGUAACUGGGUUUUAGAGGUUUUACUUUAGUUUGAAAUAACGCACGUGCUCAAAAGUGAACGCGCAUGCUCGUUUAAAAUUGACACGUUGGCCGCCAAUUUCCUCAGAAUGGGUUGUUUUUAUCGAAUGCUCUAUGGAAUGAACCGUUUCCAUGGCAACGCACAAAACAGUUUUCUUCGUUCGUCACUCAUAGGCUUGCUCUGGCAGUGGUUGGAAGUAUGGUUAGAAUAACGGAACAGCUAAUACGCAAAAAGUCCGAGCACAAUGAGCUCAUCAUCGGCACGCUGGAGGAGCUCUCCCUGCACCAGGAAGACAUCGAGCGCAUCGAGCACAUUGGCCACUGGUGUCGGGAGCUGAAAAUAUUGCUGCUCCAGUCGAACCUUAUCCCGCGGUUGGAAAAUCUAAAUCGGCUCAAAAAGCUCGAAUACCUCAACGUAGCGAUCAACAACAUCGAACGCAUCGAAAACCUGGAAGCGCUCGAAGCGCUCCAAAAGCUCGACCUCACGCUCAACUUUAUCGGCGAGCUGACGAGUGUCGAAAGCCUGCGGGCUAACUACAACCUUCGCGAGCUCUUUCUCACCGGCAAUCCCUGCACCGACUAUCCCGGGUACCGGGAGUACGUCAUCAUCGCUCUGCCCCAGCUCGCCCACCUCGAUGGGAAGGAAAUUACGCGCAGCGAUCGGCUGCUUGCCGCCAAACAGUUCCCAGCGCUGCGCGAAAGAAUCGUUCAGCUCGAGGCGCUGCACAAAAUCGAACGCGAUGAGCAGCGGGUGCGCGUGCAGCAAUCGAUCGAGGAGCAGGAGGCGAGCGUGCGCGACCUGCCGGACGAUGACGAGCGACGGGCGACCACCUUCUGGCAGCAGAAAAGCGAACACUGUCCGGAGACGCGCAUCCAGAUGGCAAAGUUUUCACGCCGCGCAAAGGAACAGGCAGCCGCCGGGGGGAAGAAUUUGGACCAACCGGAUGAACGGAAGCGAACGCGCCGGCUGUUUGCCGAGUGUGGCCGUCCGUACAGUUUAAACGAGCCGCGGGUGAACUUUGAGUUUCGCGAUGAGCCGGACCGGUUCGAGCUGGAUCUGCACGUGUACAAGUAUCUGGACACGUCGCUGGUGGAGGUGGACGCGCAGCCGAACUACGUGCGGGUCACGAUCAAGGGCAAGGUGUUUCAGCUUGCCCUCAAGCAGGACAUCCAGACGGACCGGUCGACCUGCCAGCGAUCGCAAACGACCGGCCACAUGCUGAUUGUAAUGCCGAAGCUUAACCCGGAACGAAUCGUUGCACCGGCGGAGGAGAAACGUCCGAACAAAGUUAACCAAUCGCAAGCCGGUGGUGACGGUUUGAAAGGUCCAGUUGACAUCCGAAGCAUCUGCGGUGGUUCAAGCCAAACGAAACAACCCCGAAUAAAUGAAGAUGAAGUACCGGACCUGAUAUAGGGGAAAACGGCCGGGAAAAGAACCGACCGUUGUGUUGCUUUAUUUCAUUGCGCCAGAGCG